GCAACGGGAAGCCUCAGAUUAUUACUAGACGUUAGUGGAUAGAAUACACUCGUCUACACGCACGUGCAUCAACUAGUUAGAAGACUCGGCGUUGAUUUUCACCGCCAUGGCCAAGGAGGUUCAAGAUUUUAAGAAAAGAAGAGGCCUUAAAUCGGAACUAAAGAACUUGCCCACUGUGUCUAGCUUGUGUGAUGUUUACAGCAAUGUGAAGGAUCGGAACAGUGUCUUGCAGUUUUGUUUGAAUGCUGUAGAGAAUAGUUGUAGCUAUGUUGGAGGUCAUGUUGUCAAUUUAUUUGGUAGACCAGCUGAGCUAGAAACAAGUGCCUUGGAUUAUUUUAAGAGGCUGAAAGAAAACUACCCAAUUAUUAGAAAGUCUCCCAAAAAUAUAUAUCGCAAGACAAAAAGCAGAAUUUGUGACUGGAGUCUGAAGAAAACUCAGACUAUUUUGCAGACGCCACCUGGUAAAGUGGCUGUAUGGGGAGUGGGCGCGGCCUCCAAUGUUUCAGACAAGAUCCUCUCUUCUGUUUACUAUGUCACCAAUCAUUCUCCUAAACCUAAACAGAAAUCUAAAGAACGACUUGCUAUUCAUUCCAGCAGAAGUCCAGAUAAGAAGAUCAAGCCGACUGAACCAAAUGGGAAAUCGUCAAUAAUUGGUUAUACAGUAGUAUUACCAGUUGAAAUUAUGACAAGAUUCCUGCAAACCUUACAUUUAUGGAUCCACAUUCUUCUGGCUGACGCUGCUGAAAAAACAAGGAAACAAAAUGGACUCUCUCCUGAAAAAGCUGCCGAGAUUAGAAAUAGACGCAAGGUAUCGCCAAGAAAACGUGUUCAAAGAUCAACAAUUAAAUCCUGGAGCAAACGACUUGUCAGCUUUCUUCAUUUAGAUAAAAUUCUGCCCUUCUUCAGCACGCGAAGUUUCCUGAAAAAUAUUGAUCCUAGUCUGAAAGAUCUGAGCCCAAAUAAAUCGGACGAAGGGGAACAUAAACGUAAAUAUGAUGAUAUUGUUUCUGAUGACGACUCAUCUUCUAGCCCUGACGAACCUUCGUAUCUAGAUCACCUUCGUAAACUAGAUUUAUCACAGUAUAUGAGUGAUGAUGACCCAGAUUAUGAGCCUGGAGUAGAGUCCACAGAUAGUGAUGAAUAUUUGGAAGGAGAAACAGAAAGUGAUGAUGAUCAUCCAAUUUCCACGACUCCUCGAGAACCUCUACCACCUAGAAAUAAGAGUACUCCAAUCUCUGUUAAGACGACGACCCCCUCUAAACCAAAAACUGACACGAAAUCCAUUUUGAAGCAAGGACAGCAGAAUGAUGGGAAAACAAAGCCAAAGAACAUACAGAUAAAAACAGAAGAUAAUAAGGACUAUGUCCAGUUGACAUUUAAAGCCAGCAAACUUGACAGCAGGGAUAUCAUUGGAAAAUCUGACCCUUAUCUAACUCUCAAUAAACAAGGUCCUGAUGGUAAAUGGCAACAACUUCAUAAGACUGAGACAAUAUUGAACUGCAGUGACCCUCAGUGGAAACCAUUCAACAUCCCCCUUCUAUCACUGUGGAAUGGAGACAAGUCCAAACAGAUUAAGAUAACUGUUCAUGAUAAAGAUGAUGCUGUUUCUGAUGAUUUUGUGGGAGAGACAACAGUUACAUUGGAAGAAAUACUGAAAGCUUCAAAACAUGAGAUAACUUGGAGUUUAAUCAAUGCAAAGAAACAGAAUAAAAAGAAGAAUUAUGUUAAUUCAGGCCAGAUUCAUCUGGUAUCGUGUAAGUUGAGAGUAAGCAAUCCACAAACUAAUUUUUCACAAUUAAAAACUUUACUCCAUUCUCAUUGGCUGACCUUGAACCUUGUCAACUUUCUCUUCAAGCAGAAUCUGGAUGAAAAUCUUAAUCUCAGACAGGAAGUGCAUGAAACACUGGAAUCACAUGAAACUAAGGAACUCAAACCAGUUAAGGAACCUUUAUUACAAGCUUUCAAAGUAUCAAAGGAAAAUUGCUUGAAUAGGAUAAUGCUGGAAAAAGCAGUUGAUCCAAAAACUGAACUUCUGAAAGCCGAUAUUAGAUCUCUGGAUAAAGCAAAAGCAGUUGAAUCACUUGUCAAAGAUAUUCAGGAAUGUCCAAAAAUUGAAAAACUUAAUAUUGAAAAGGUGGACAUAGUUGGAAAUGCCCCGAAACCAAAUACAAGCACUGUGGCCACUGUCCCUAAAAAGAGUGUUUCCAAAACACCACAUGAAGUUUCUGAACCUCUCAUUUGUCCUGUGUACAUCCCGUAUAAAGGACAAACUCAGAGGCAGCAGGAAAGAGCGAAGAAGCCAACUAAUCUAGUUCCCUUGUCUCUUGGACUGUCAGUCAGUGCCACUAUAGUUAUCGCCUUAUUGGUGACACACAUCUGA